AUGUCGGAUAAAAGAGUUAAAGAAAAAAAUAAAAAUUUUGGAAAACCAUUUGAAAAAAUAUUUUGUGAAAAUAUUGAAUUUAUAUGUCAAAUAUGUAAAAAUGAAUUUUUAAAUCCGAGAGUUUUACCUUGUUUGCAUUGUUUUUGUACUCAUUGUUUAGAAAAUUUAUACUUGGAACAAAAUUUUAAAAAUGAUAAUAAUGAUGAUAAAAAAAAACAAAAUGAUAGAUUUCAAGAUUUUCAUUUACUACCAUACAGGUCCUGUAGUAAAACACAUUCAACUAUAAUAAUAUGUCCGAUAUGUAAUUUUGAAAACAGGAUACCGGUAAAAGGUGUACAGGAUCUUCCUCCACAUUAUAUUUUACAACAUCGAAUGCUUGUUAAUUCCUUAAAUCGAAGUGGGAUAUGCCUUCUUUGUGAUUUAUGUUCUCAAGAAACUCCGGCUUGUUGCAGAUGCACAAAAUGUUUGUUGAACCUUUGCGAAGAUUGUUCAAAAUCUCACAAACGCGACAAAUUAUUUUUCAAUCAUAAUUUAAAAUACCUUAAAAAGGAACAAGCGGAAGGUUUUGGAAUCACGAAAAUAAGGAGACAAGUCAUGUGUCCUUCACACAAGGAAAAAGAACUUAAAUAUUAUUGUUCGUCUUGCAACAUGGUGGCUUGCACUGAAUGUUUCAUACAAUUUCAUUCUGGUCACAAUUGUAAAUCAUUUUCGAGAGCGGCACAAAUUUACAUAAAUAAAAUUGAAAACGGUUUAGAAAAUAGUAGAAUACUUACAAAGGAAGCAUAUGCAACACUUGUUCAAUUCGAAAAACUUGCAUUAGAAAUUGAGUCGAAACAUUAUAAAACUCAAAAAGAAAUAAAUGAUCACAUUGAUGGUUAUAUGUAUGCAUUUGAAGAACAUAGAAUAGAAUUACUCAGUCAAGCAAUGCAAAUUAAAAAUGGACAAUUGGAAAUAGUUAAAUCAAAACAAAAAGAAGUUGAAAAAAAAGCAAAAGAAAUUGAUCACACAAUCAAAUUUGGUGAACAAUUAUUGAAGGAGGGGUCAGAUUUUGAAGUAUUAAGCUUUGCUAAUUAUUUAAUACAAAGGUUAGAAUGGUGUCUUAAAACUGGUACAUCCUCAUUGUCUACUGCUUUUACAAGUUGUAUUGGAACUCUAAAAUUUUUACCUGAAGAAAAAGCUAAAAUUGUAAAUAAUAAAACAAUUUUUGGUGUUAUUACAACAGAAAUUGUUUCCCCUUCUAAUUGUUGUUUAACAUCUGAAGGGUUGGAAAUAUUGUCAAAAUGUGUAGAAAACAAACGAUGCGAUUUAACUGUGAUUACCAAAGAUAUAUUCGAUCAGCGUUUAACACAUGGAGCAGAAGGACUAGAAGUCAAAUUAAAAAGUCAAAAAGGACAGCACAGACAAAUACCUAUUUACAUUGUCGAUCAACAAAAUGGAAUUUACGUUAUUAGUUUCACACCUGAUACCCAUGGAAAAAUGAACCUGGCAAUAUCUAUUCGAGGAGUACCAAUCAAGGGAAGUCCUUUUGAUAUUCAUGUUCAAAAACAAAAAAUUUCCAAAGGUAAUUUACAGUGUUGUACCUUUUGUUCAAGUAAUAAAGAAAAAAAUAUUUUUUGUAAAUGUGGGAGUACAGUUACAGGAUUUCAUCAAGGUUGUAAACAUGGUCCUAAAAUAAAUAUGUCUGAUAGUCAUUGGUCCUGCUGCAGAAGUACUUUCCCAAAAUCUGAAUGUCUCAGAUCAUUUAAUAACGAUGGUUUUUACCAAUUAAAAUUUUGA